CCUAACCUUCCUCCAAUUCAUAUGGAAUGUCGAAGAGUAAACGUUUUUGUGGUUUUACUUCUUACACACGGUAAUUGCGGACUGACGGAUACAUGAGUGACGAAAGUAAAAAUAUAAUGUAACAUAAAGCAAUCGAAGCAUUUCUUUUUUUGCGUAAAUUCCUAUUGGGUAUAUUUAUAAAAAUGAAAAGUGUAAAAGAGGAUAGUUGUAACCUCACAACACCGGCAAAGAGAAUAUUUUCUCCAGUUAAAUUAUCGUCACCUAACUCAUACCAAGGGAAAAACUUGACAGGAGUGGCACGUCAUGUACGUGAUUUAGUUGCAGAUAUCCAUGCGAAUGUACAACAAUGGAAUAAUCUUCAUCUUCAAGGAAUAACUCAUAUAAAAAGCAUAGCGCAAGAAAAGCAUAACAAAAAUUAUUAUUCAAGGACUUUGCAAGAUUUGUGCGACAAGUUAGAAAGUAUUUGCAAUAAUCUGGAUGAUAAAGUUAAAAACUUUGAUCAAAUCAGACAUCAACUGAAAGCUAUAACAACUUUACAGAAAACUUCAAAUAAAUUAUUCAUAACAUGGCCAACGACCAAAUUUGGUGAGGUAGCAGAAAUCAUAUAUGAAACAUAUCGCGAGGAAGCUAAGUUGAAACGCAAAAUACUUGAAAAUGUUGCUCACAAUCAUACUGUCUCUUGGAAAAUGCUUCAUCUCGCGGCAUGGCAGUAUCAACCUUUACUGUCUGAAAAUCUAACGAUAUUACUGGAAUCUUUACUCAUUGAGACUGGCCAUAGACCAUUGCAAUAAAAGUUUUCAAGGUGACGAUCAGCACCUGAACUCGUCGGAACGCAUCUGAAGCGUCAUCCAGCACAUAUUUCUGGUCUUUUACUUCAUCUUUGUCACCUUUGUACGUGUACAUGCGACAUUUUAGAAUACAAACAUACAUUGGAAGAGGCACGGCCGCCCUUUGCUCUGUCCAACAUGACACAGGUGUGGUGCGACAGACAGAGAAUAUCUCUCACUGUCCUACUGCCUGCUAUCCAUCUUAGGCAAACAUAUACACAGUCAUGCAUAAGGAUAGAUAGCUAUCUAAAGAUAUAUGUGUCUAUCUAUAUCUCACGCCUUUAUUGCACACAAUCCCGUACGUCGCUCGGAUUGGCCGUGCCCCUUCCAUAUAUGUUCUAAGGCGGUAUCCGCGCGCAGUUGACCACGUGUAGUCAUGAGUAGGCUCGUGUUUAACAAGUCUGUUGUACACCUUUCUUCGUACAGCACUUUAUUUGUACAAUCCCCGAAGGGUGUCGGAGGAAAUUUAUCAAAGAUGAAGAGCGAUUUGUCUGUACAAUAUCUGAAAGACGUCGCGCAUAUAGAAUGUAAUACAUUCUCUUUUUUUGUUUUUGGUAUCUUAUCGUAUCAUGUACCGAUUGAAAAUUAAGAAUUAAUUAAUCAUU